AUGUUGUUGACCGAAUACAACAUCACCUGUGCUACUAGAAAGGCCAUCAAGGGAAGCAUUAUUGUAGACUAUUUAGCAGAUAAAGCUGUGGAGGAUUACCAACCUAUGGAGUUUGAUUUCCCAAAUAAGGACAUUGACUCGAUAAGACAGGAAGAAGAAGAUCACGAAGGUUGGAGGAUGUUAUUUGAUGGGACAGUCAAUGUGUGGGGACAUGGAAUAGGAGUCAUACUCAUAUCGUCAGAAGGGAGACAUUAUCCAGUUGUAGUUAAGCUUACUUUUCUGUGCUCCAAUAACAUGGCAGAGUACGAAGCAUGUAUAUUGGGUUUGCAGGCCGCUAUAGAUCAUGGAAUUAGGGAAUUAGCUAUAAAAAGAGACUCAACCUUGGUUAUUCACCAGUUGACCGGAGAAUGGGAAACUAGGGAUUCCAAACUAGUGUCAUAUGAGGAGUACAUUCAGGAGAUGAUUAAAGAAUUUGACAGCAUCAGCUUCUCCCACCUGCCAAAGGAAAACAAUUUGAAUCCUAAUGCACUGGCCACUCUAGUGGUUAGGCAUCACAAUUCAGCUCCUUAUAGAUCACAAAUGAAUGGGGUAAUGAAAGCAGCCAAUAAGAACAUUAAGAAUAUCUUGGAGAAGAUGACUGAAACUUACAAAGAUUGGCAUGACAAGCUCCCUUUUACAUUGUUGGCUUACAGAACCACGGUUCAUACCUCCCCGGGAGCUACUCUCUUCUCUCUGGUGUAUGGAAUGGAGGCCAUAGUCCCAAUAGAGGUUGAAAUCCCAUCCCUACAAAUCUUAAAGGAAGCAAAGUUGACUGAAGUAGAAUGGAUACAAUCUCAGUAUGACUAG